AUGUCCGCAUGGUUGCAACGCCAGAGCUCCCUGUCAAACAGCACCUUGAACCUCACACUCGCCGCCAGCUUUGGCGCCAUCACGGCCGCGACCGUGAUCUUGACAACCACAGCAAUCCGCCGCCGGCACGCAACCGAUGAACUCAAAGCUUCGAUCCCUCCUCUCUCGAGCGACCAUCAAGCCGUGCCACUGAAUGAGUUUGGCGGUGCGAGUCGGCCAACGAUAAGCAACAAAGAGGAUGAGAGGUCCGCGUUGAUCGCCGCCCGGGCAAGAAAGGGCGAGUACGACGAAGAGUUGAUCCUCGAGCAGCUGGCGAGGAACCGAGUGUUCUUGAAAGAUGAGGGCCUUGCAAAAUUGCGGGAUUCCUUUGUCGUCGUGGUAGGACUGGGCGGCGUGGGGAGUCAUUGUGUUGCUGCGUUGGCGAGGAGCGGUGUCUCACGGAUAAGAGUCGUGGAUUUCGACCAGGUCACGCUGAGUAGCUUGAACCGACAUGCUCUUGCCACCUUGGCGGACGUGGGCACGCCAAAAGUCCACUGUGUGCGGAAGAGGCUCGAGCAGAUUUGUCCGUGGGUGAGGAUCGAUGAGCGGAAUGAGCUGCUCGGGUCGAGGUCGAUAGAAGGGUUGCUUGCGAAGUGGGAUUUCGAAGUUCGAGAGGGAGAAGAGGACAAGGAGGUCGAUUGGGUGGUCGAUGCCAUUGACAACAUCGACUCCAAGGUGGCGCUUCUGCAUUACUGUGCGCUUAAGGGCAUCAAGGUCAUCAGCGCUAUGGGCGCGGGUUGUAAGAGUGAUCCGACGAGGAUACAGGUCGGGGACAUAUCGACGAGUUUUGAGGACCCCUUGUCGAAAUCCACGAGGCGACGACUGCGGGUCAUGGGAAUCAACGGCGGGAUUCCCGUGGUGUUCUCCACGGAGAAGCCGGGAGAGGGCAAGGCCGGGCUACUGCCUAUCACGGAUGAAGAGUUCGAAAAGGGAAGUGUGGACAAGCUCGGCGUGCUGCCUGAGUUUCGGGUCAGGAUCCUGCCUGUGCUGGGGACAAUGCCAGCCGUGUUUGGAUACACGGUCGCGAACCAUGUUAUCUGCAGUAUAGCUGGCUACCCCAUGGACUAUCGAGUGGGCGACCGAGGAAGAGAGAAAAUGUACGAUGCCAUGCUCUCGGCAUUGCAGGGUCUAGAAGAGAGGCAGAUCCGGUCAACAAACGGCCAAGACACCGUCGGACUACGUAUACCAGUCAGCCGCGAUGAUGUGGCAUACCUCGUGGAAGAAGUCUUCCGCGGCAAGAGUGUCGUUAGCGGCCUGGGAACCCGGCUGGCUCUGAUCAGAUGGAGAAAGCCAGGCGGUGGCUUCAGAGUCGACCCAGAAUACGAAAAGGAGGGACAGAAGAGGAUCAAGCUUCCUCUGACGGAUCUCGUGCUCAUGACAAAAGAGGAAGCUUUGAGGCAUGAAAAGCUGGUUCUUCAAGGAGACGCUUCGCCAGAGAGCAUAUAUGACGCAGAUGUCCUUGCACAGGUUAAGAGGAGACAUGAUGAAGAAAUGGCGUAUCAGAGGUUUAGGUGA